UACUUUUAUGAAGUGAUAUAUGAUAUAUGUAUGUAUGUAUGUCUCUAUAUAUUAUAUAAUAGUUACUUUAAAAAUACAAAUGGAAGAAUAACUUGUAAGUGCUAGACCGUAUGAGUACUAGUGACGAAACUUAGUGAAUCUAGUGGAAAAAAUGAGGAGGUAAGACUGACGUCUUUGGAAAACAAAUGUAUGCAUGUCUGUGCGUGACUGGGACAUUGUGCUGUACACCAGAAAUUGACACACUGUAACUGAUGGUACUUCCAUUAAAAAAAAUUAGGAAAAAAAAGACUGAGGUCUAUGAAAAGUUACUAUGGAAACCACAAGAUGACUUUAUACCCACUGGAUAUAGAACGGAUAUUUAUUUCAGGAAAAAUUAUGGCAAAGUUUUAUAUUGUGAUUACACAGAUACAUAAAAAUGCUGAUAAUAUUUUAGGAUAGCGUGAUUAUUAAUGGUUUUCUUCCUCUAUAUCAUAAAGGGUGCUAUUAAAGCAAUUUUGUGAUUAAAUUGCUUCAUUUUGGUGAAGGUUUAUCCUAUGUUUAUCCUUUCAGCAAACUGCUGCUGAGGAAGAUGAGAAGGACUGAAAAAUCAUUAUGGCUGAUAUUUAGGAGGGAACGUGAGAACUGGGAAAAGAAGGCUGUUAUUUGUGUCAGCAAAUGUUCUGGGAGACUCUGCAGUUUUCUAGGCGAGCCUAAUAGUGGCUGGAAUAAGGCGGAGGAAGGGGAUGGCACCCAGAGUAGUUGAAUGGGAGAGGUACUGAGAGAGGUACCGAUAAGGUAUGGUGAUUGUAAGCAACUCUAGACAAAUCUGUGGUGCAAAAAUAAUUUUUGAAAAGAAUAUGAAAAUGAAUAUAUGUAUAUAUGCAUGACUGGGACACUAUGCUAUACACCAGAAAUUGACGCAUUGUAACUGACUAUACUUCAAUAAAAAAAAAAAGAUUUUAUCAUCUGUGAAGUCAGGGGAAGAUGAAAGAACAAAGCCACCACCAGGUCUGGACAGGUGUAGGACUGCUGGGAGAGGGGAGCAGAUGGCUUCCUGGGCACAAUCUGUGCACCAUGAUGGGGCUGGUGGACCACUCUGCAGGCCACGGGGAAUCGUGAAGUGAGCUUACACAGAAAACUAAGAGGUGACUGUAAAGCUCCCACUGAGACCAGCAGGAAUGGAUCACAUGGAACUGAGUUUAUUCAACUUUCUGAACAAGAGUGAGCUCCACCUGGGAAGUCUUGGUAGCAUCUCAAAGGGAGAGUGAUGGCAGGACGCUGAAAGGGUUCACAUGGUUCUGAGGCAGAUCUGGGCAGCAGGGAUUCACUAGCAUCUGUAAACCAGGGGAGUUGCUGACACAGUCUCAUUCUUUGGAAUCCUUGAGUUUAUGUGGAGUCUCUGAACUAACGGCUUAUCUUGGAAUAUAUAGGUCUGAAUGAGCUUGUGGUAAGCCAAUGUGAACUUAGGUAGUUUUUCAUCAUGGUGUGAGACAGUUUUUCAGUUUUGAGACUCACACAGUUUGUUUUACAAAUUGUGGUUUCUGUUCAUGUCUCAUUGUUUUUCAUUUUGGAAAGAUUGUCAAGAUACAGUGUGAGGAAGGGAUCAGAUGGCGCUGGAUUGGAGGCAAGGACACCCAUGGAGAAUUUCAGGUAACACAUGACACCUAAAGGGCCAAGUUGGAACCAGACAAUCAUCAUGAGGCAGUGAGCAGGUGACAGAUGAGGGAUGAUGCAGAGGAAUUGCAGGGGGAUGUAGAUACCAAAUAAUUUUGGAGAGAGGAAUAAGGCAGGAUAAGAGAGAGGGAGGAUUUGGGAGUGACACCAACCUUCUAGCUUGAAUGAAUGGGCAGAAAAAAAAAAGCUUGACAAAAAUAUAGUAAAUUCAAGGUGGAACUGUUUCCUGUGGACAUUCAGGUGCUGCUCAGAGGACACUCAUUUGUCACUUCUAUUACACUUCCAACAGACGUGUAAUAGAAAAGGACAAAUCUGACUCCAUAUUAGCUCUAACCCUGUGCUUUUAGCUCUGUUUCCUGUGCUUAAUCAUGCUGGUUUUGCACCUUUUAUAAAAGAACGUUGCCUAGAGCCUUAAAUAUACGGGACAGCCCAUUGUCAAAGCUCUGACCUUUAAGGAUUUUAACCCUUUUCAUUCAUACAAAGAUAACAAAUCAGAGAAAGGGAAACAACAUUUGUUUUGUUGGAGGUUUACAGGGACACCAUGAUCUGACCCAGGUGGACGGCUGCAAGAACAAAGGAUUCCAAAAACAAAAAAUUCCUGCACCAAGAAGUUUGUAACAACCAGCCACACCCUCUCCCCUUUCUAGUAUAAAAGGAGCCUGAAUUCUGAUUUGAGGAAGAUAGUUUUCCAGGACAUGAGUCUGCCAUCUUCUUAGUCUGGUGGCUUUCUGAAUAAAGUCACACUUUCUUUCUUUCUUUCUUUUUAUUGAGUUAUAGUCAGUUUACAAUGUUGUAUCAAUUUCUGGUGUACAGCACAAUUCUUCAGUCAUACAGGAAUAUACAUAUAUUCAUUUUCAUAUUCUUUUCCACCAUGAGCUACUACAAGAUAUUGAAUGUAUUUCCCUGUGCUAUACAGUAUAAACUUGUUUAUCUAUUUUAUAUAUUACCAGUCAGUAUCUGCAAGUCUCGAACUCCCAGUUUAUUCCCACCCAACUCUCUCCUGGCAACCACAAGUCUGUAUUCUAUGUCUGAUACAGUGAGAAGGCAGGUGUUUGCGAGCCAGGCAGAGAGGAAUCCAUCACCAGGAACCCAUUCUGUCGGCCCCUUGAUCUUGGACUUCCGAGGCUCCAGAACUGUGAGAAAGAAAUGUCUGCUGUUUAAGCCUCCAAGUCUAUGCUAUUCCAGGGUUUGUGGUAAAGAUACCUGCAAAUACAAAAACUCUUCAAUUUCAACUUCCUUGGAAUCCAUCUGCAAUGUAUCCAUGAGAGAAGGAGCCUUUUAUACCAGACGUGUCAGUGGGAAAAUGACCCGGAGGCACUCUGUUAGGCUUCUGUUUCUGAUCAGUUUGGCAUUAGAGAUGAUCCACGUGGGAAACAGUUAUCAAAGAGAGAAAUACAAACGCAGUAGAGAAGAAAUCAACAAUGCUCCAGCUCAGAAGCUCCAGCAGAAAACACUCAACUGGACCUUGAAUAAUUUUAGGGAGAUGAAUGACAGCGCAGACGGCUGGAGGCCGCGGGGUGCAUUUCCCCACUCCCCGGCUUUGCAGGAGCGUGCGCCCCCGCGCCCGCGCUGCUGCAGGAACGGCGGCACCUGCGUGCUGGGCAGCUUCUGCGUGUGCCCCGCCCACUUCACCGGUCGCUACUGCGAGCACGACCAGAGGCACAGCGAAUGCGGCGCCCUGGUGCACGGAGCCUGGACCUUCCGCGGCUGCCGCCUCUGCAGGUGCGUCUUUGCGGCCCUGCACUGCCUCCCCCGCCAGACACCCGGCCGCUGCGAUCUGAAAGACUUCCUGGCCUCCCACGCUAAUGCACGAAGCGCGUGGCGCACACGGAGUGUUCUCAUCCUCCUGCCCUGCCUCCUCCUGAAAUACAUCCUCAGCGAGGCGGGAGCCUGCUGACCCGACCUGCGACUCCGCCGCGGCGGGACCCUGCCCGGCCACCCAGCUAGCCGAGCCGGGUGGCGCCACGGGAAGGAGCGGGGGGGGGGGGGGCCGGGCUUGGGCGGCCUCUUUGAUUUUCUAUGUUGGAAGUAACCGAUUUGUUUGAUUUCUUAUAAAC